UUGAAAACAACGGACAUAUUUUAAUUUGAAAUGUCAGAUACUACUGACGAAGAAUAUGGCAACAAUGACGACGAAACAGCUUUUGCAGGACCUCGUCGUAUGAAAAUAAUACAUUUUUCAAAACGGAAAUUGGAUAAAAACUCAACGUGUAGAGAAAAUCUCGAUGGAUUUCUACCUGUUCAUACAUCACACUGGAAACUCCCCUGUCUCGAAUCGCUUCGCAUUUUUUAUUCUGAGAAGCCCCUACCAUUGUCAGAGUUAUUAGAUAUUGUAUAUAAAAAUACCAGUAUGUUUGAACCAUUGACUCUAAAUCAAACUAAAGUUGUAAACUAUCUUCAGAACAGUUUAGACUUUUGCACUUCUAUUGGAGAUGUAAUGAUUUAUAGCAGAAGAUAUCCCCGAGAAAUUGGCAGAGAUCUGUUAGAAGAAAUCAAGAAAAAUUUGGAAAAAGAUAUAUUCAAAAAUAAAAGCUUUGUAAGUGACGUAGUGAAAGUGAGUACAAUUGGACAAAUUGAAAAUUUCAUUAAAAGUACUGUUUUUAUGAUGUAUUUUAUGAGGAAUGAGAGAGAGCCAUCAGAUAUACCAGAAAAUGUUUUUGAAGAUUUGUUUAAUAAAUUUUUGUUGAUGUGUGACCUGGUUCCUAGUAGCUCAUUAUGGCAAGUAAAGGCUAAACUUCUGCAACAGCAUGUUCAAUCAGAAACAGAUGUAGUUAUUUUACCUAGUGAUCCUACACAAAGUGGAGCUGUAACUGCUCUGUCAAUUGUAAAGGUAACAAAUUUGGCUGACUACUUACAUUCACCACCUUCAUCAAGUGCUGAUGAUAGAGUAAAACCAGAAAUCUAUAAUAAAAUCAGUGAAAAAGUUUUGGGCCAGCAUGGAGGGGAACUUACAGUGCACAAUGGCAUAUUUAAUAAAAACUUUGAAAAUAAAAAAGAUAAAAAGGCCUAUUUUCCUGGAAUGAUUGUAGUUGGAACAGAGGUAACCUUGACACUGCUGGUUAUCAGUUAUGAGCAUUUUGCGGAACUCUUUGAGAAAAAAGUGGUGGAGAAAAGUGAAAGUUAUAUUUACUACUCAGAAACAAAAGAUAUGUUAAAGAAAGAAGAACGUGACCAGUUGUUGGAGGCAUUCGGAAGAUUGCAAAAUACAGCGUGUCAGACCUGAAAACAAUUGACCAUAGUGAUUGAUGGACACAUUAUAAAGAAAACAACGAGGAGAGGACGGACGUCAGAGUCAUCAACUGACAUGCCUGAAGACAUAAAUUGCUGAGAUGAUUGAAUAUUAUUUUCUAGUCUACUUUGAUUUGAUACAGAUGGAGGUUGUACAGGAAUUAUAACUCAAUUAUAAAAAAGGUGUAUUCAGACUUUUGGAAAUGGAGAUUAAACAAACAAUGGAUUUAAAAGUGACUUAGCUACAUUUAACAGAAAACCAUGACAUAGUGAAAAAUUAGAGAGGAAUGUUGCAUUACUAUCUUUGGUAAAUGAUGUGUAUAAAACUUUGUGUAUAUACAUUGUGUACCAUCAUUUAUGUGCACUAUGUUCGUAAAAAUAUUCACGGUUUUAUUUGA